UCCUCUUCCCCACUUUAUAUAAAUCCACCCUCGCUUUUUACGCCUGCAAUCUUUUCACCUCUUCUUCUCCAAUUUCUGCAGACUAUUUUUCGAAUUUUGAUUUCUAAAUUGAAAUCAGAAGAUGGGUUCAGACGCCAACAAGAUGAACGACGGAACAAGCUUCAAACCCUCCGAACCGGCGCCGUGUGCCAACGGCUGCGGCUUCUUCGGCUCCGCCGCCACGAUGAACCUCUGCUCAAAGUGCUUCCGUGACAACCGGAUCAAGGAAGAACAAGCCGCCUCAGCCAAAGCCGCCGUCGAUAAGCUCGUCAACAAGGUCGUAUCUUUCCCUCAUCAAACUCCCUCUUCUUCCUCUUCCUCAUCCGGAUCUGAACCUCUUCCGCCGCCUGCCACCGCGGCGGCGGUGGAAAUAAAGGAAAAGGUCCGGAACCGGUGUUUAACCUGCAACAAAAAGGUCGGCGUGAUGGGAUUCAUCUGCAAGUGUGGAGAUACGUUCUGUGGAAGCCAUAGGUACCCGGAGAAACACGAUUGUGAAUUCGAUUUCAAGAAAACCGGUAAAGACGCCAUAGCCAAGGCGAACCCGGUUAUCAGAGCCGACAAGGUGGACCGGAUCUGAUGGGGCUUCAACAAAACCAAACCGGUUCGUCUCCGGUUCAUGGUAUAUUUAGGGGUUGGUGUGUUGGAAGGUGUAUGUUAUGGGGAAAAUUAGGGUUUUUAUUUUGUAAUUUUUCAGAUUUUAUUGGGUUGUGAAGACGAUGAUCAAUCAAAAGAAAAAAAAAAGUAUAAAGGAAUGAAUUGGGUUAUUGGGGGUUCGAAUUUGAUGAUUAAUUGUGGAAUAUAAUUGGAUGGAUUGUUGCUUGUU